AUGGAUUAUUACAAAGCAACGAUAAGAGCUUUGCUGCUCUUCCUCUCGUUCACAUAUGCAAUGGCAUUCAAAUCUUCUAACAUUAGUUGCCCAGAUGCCGAGAGAGAAGCACUUGUGAGGUUUGUGGGAGAUUUCGACAAAUCUGCAGCUGGCUUCUCUUCCUGGGAGGGAACGGAUUGCUGCAAAUGGGAGGGCGUGGAGUGCGACGGCCGAACCGGACAUGUCGUGCGUUUGGACAUUCAAAAGAGGAGGAUUGCCGGCAGCAAAAUCAAUCCUUCUUUGCUCCAUCUUAAGCAGCUGAGACACUUGGAUCUCGGCAGCAAUGACUUUGCGUCCCUCUCGAUUCCUCCAUGGAUCGGUUCUUUCAAGAAGUUAAACUAUCUCAGCCUCUCGUUUUCGUAUUUUUGCGGGGUGGUACCCGCUCAGCUCGGAAAUCUAUCAAGACUUCAAACCCUCGAUCUUUCCGGUAACAAUCUUACAUUGAGUAAUGCUGAUUGGCUUUCUCAACUCACCUCUCUACUUCAUAUUGAUAUUAGCUAUUCUUCGAUUGAGAAUACAUCUAAUUGCCUACAAGCAUUGAACAUGCUUCCUUUAGUACAAGACAUUCGUUUGGCGUACUGCAAAUUGGAUAACCUCCCACAAUCCCUCCCGUAUGUCAAUUUUACCUCUCUUUCCCUUUUGGAUCUUUCUGGCGCAUUAGUUUGGGAUUUUUCUAAUAAUAGCGAAGUAAAUUCUAGCUUACCCGAGUGGUUGUUUAGAAUUACUUCCCUUCAGUAUCUUUAUCUCAGUUAUAGUAAAUUUACUGAGCUCAUCCCAUCUGGAAUUGGAAACUUGACUUCGCUCAAGGUUCUCGAACUAGAGUUUGUUGACCUUGAUGCCGGAAUACCGUCUAGUUUGAGCAAUCUCUGUGAGCUUCGCACGCUAUAUUUAACAGAUUCCAAAAUUAACACCCAAUUGGACACAUUCGGUGAGUUGUUUUCUGGGUGUCUCCAAAACAGUUUGCGAGACUUGGAUUUAGAUUUCACUUCUCUAAGCGGCAACAUACCGGAUUGGAUAGGUAACCUAAACAAUCUAAGUACUCUUGAUCUUUCAGGAAACUCGCUCUCCGGUUCGAUCCCCACCUUUCUUUGUAAACUAUCCACAUUACAGUUGUUAUAUUUUUAUCACAAUAACUUAAAUGGCAAUGUCCCGGAAUGUCUUGGAAGCCUUAGUGAGCUAAAAUCUUUGGAUCUUAGCUUCAACGCUCUCAUCGGAGUUAUUUCAGAAUAUCAUUUUUCUAAUCUUACAAAGUUGGAGAUCAUCGACCUGACUUCUAACUCGUUGGUUUUGAAUCUGAGCCACAAUUGGGUUCCUCCUUUCCAACUCAGUGAUUUGGUCUUCCGCGGCUGUAAACUAGGCCCCCAGUUUCCCUCAUGGCUUCAGACUCAGAAGUCUCUAGCCUACCUCGAUCUAUCUUUUACGGGGAUUUCAGAUUCAGUGCCAAAUUGGUUUUGGAACUCAAUGACCAAUCUUUCAACUGUUAAUCUUGCUAAUAAUGAGCUACAUGGUGUGAUACCCAACUUAAUAAAAUUCAGUGAUGAUACAGAUUUAUUUAUUGAUUUAAGUUCCAACUUCUUUGAGGGACCAGUGCCCCAUUUUCCGUCAAACACGGCACAACUAUAUUUGUCAAACAAUUCAUUUAUGGGCUCUAUUCCUGAUGAUAUUUUCCAGCUAAUGCCUAAUUUAAGUGUGCUUUCGUUGUCGAUGAAUAAAAUAAGUGGCAGGAUCCCUGUGUCUAUCUGUGAUUCACAAUUGAUUACCAGAUCAAUCUCAAACAAUAAUUUAUCAGGAGUGCUCCCAAACUGUCAAAAUAAUACUCAAUUAGAAGUAUUGGAUCUUUCAAAUAAUAAUCUUUCUGGAGGAAUACCCAAAUGGCUUUGUGAAUUGCCUCGGUUUCAAUCCUUGCACCUAAGGAAUAGCAAUUUAUCGGGAGAGCUUCCCUUAUCCUUAAGGGCCUGCAAGAGUCUAGAUACUCUUGAUCUUGGUGGUAACGUGUUUACAGGAAGGAUCCCGAUCUGGCUUGCAGAGCUAUCGUCUCUCAAGAUUCUUAGCUUGAAAUCAAAUAAGCUUGUUGGUCGAAUUCCGACAGAACUCUCUAAUCUUGCUGGUCUCCUAAUCUUAGACCUUGCAAACAACAAUCUUUCAGGGCCGAUACCGAUAAGCUUCGGCAACUUCAUGUCGAUGAGGACCCCUCUUAUAAACAUAGGAUCUAUCCUAAACUUCUCAGUAUAUAAUUAUGAUGAGAAUAUGAUAUUGGACAUCAAAAGAAGAGAAGAUCAAUAUGGUAGCAAUCUUCUUUCGCAGAUGACAAUCUUGGAUCUCUCUAGGAAUAGCUUGUCAGGACACAUACCCGAUGAACUAACAAAUCUUCUCGGAUUGUUGGUAUUCGACUUGUCGAGUAAUGAUCUAACGGGACAAGUACCAUCCAAGAUCGGCGAUAUGAUGCAGCUAGAAUCUCUCAACUUGUCGAGAAACAAGUUAUCAGGAGCAAUUCCUUCUAGCUUGUCCAACUUAAGCUUCUUGGACUUCUUGGACUUAUCUUACAACAACUUCUCGGGAAGAAUUCCGACCGGAAAACAAAUGGACACAUUCCCUGAUCCUAACAUAUACGUCGGAAACCAAUAUCUUUGCGGAUUUCCAUUAAAUGUGAGUUGCACAGGCAAUGAAGGUGAAGCCGAAGGCCCGACAAUUGGCCAAGGAAGAUGGGAUGAUUCGAGAGGAAGUUUGGCGAUGAUUCGAGGAGUUCAGGCUGGGGAGAUGGAAGAAGACGUACGUUACAUCUGGGAUAGCUGUUUGAGGAGAGGAAAGGAAAGCACCCGUGACUCGCUUCAUACGACUCCGCCUGAACCGGGAUUGGCCUCGCCUCUCGCGGGCCAUGAGACGAGCCCAAACCCGACCCUUGCGGCCUGCCCUCCUCUCGAACAGGGGACCCAGCUUGCUUGUGGACCUAUUCAUGAGGCUGCAACCUCCAUUCCGGAGGAAAACACCCGUGACUCGCUUCAUACUACUCCGCCUGGAUCGGGCUUGGCCUCGCCUCUCGCGGGCCAUGAGACGAGCCCAAACCCGACCCUUGCGGCCUGCCCUCCUCUCGGUUAG